UCUCUCUUAUUUGAUAUCAGAGAGCCCAAUGGAGCCUUCUGAAGAACCUAGUCAUAUCAGCAAAGAUAACUUUUUAGAAGUUCCUAAUUUAUCUGAUUCUCUUUCUGAAGAUGAAGAGAUUAAAGCUAACUUCAUACCUGGUUUCUCCCCUCAACCUAGCAGACGAGGUUCUGAUUCGUCUGAAGACAUUUACCUGGACACUCCACCACCUUCAGGUGCGAGAAGAGUUUCAUUUGCCGACACCUUUGGAUUCAAUCUUGUGUCUGUUAAAGAAUUUGAUUCCUGGGAAUUACCAAGUAGUUCAACUGAUUUUGAUUUAACAAAGGACAUUUUCCACACAGAAGAAUAUGUUUUAACUCCACUGUUUGACUUGCCUUCUUCAAAAGAAGAUCUUAUGCAACAACUUCAAGUACAGAAGGCAAUAUUGGAAUCAGCUGAGUAUCCUCCUGGAUCUACAAGUAUGAAGGGUAUUAUUCGAGUUUUGAAUAUUUCUUUUGAGAAGUUAGUAUAUGUGAGAAUGUCUUUAGAUGACUGGCAGACAUAUUAUGACAUAUUAGCAGAAUAUGUCCCGAAUUCAUGUGAUGGUGACACUGACCAGUUCUCCUUUAAGAUUUCACUGGUUCCUCCUUAUCAAAAAGACGGCAGUAAAGUUGAGUUUUGUAUACGUUAUGAAACUUCGGUUGGUACAUUUUGGUCAAAUAAUAAUGGCACAAAUUAUAUAUUGGUUUGUCAAAAGAAAGAACAAGAGAUGGAGCCUGUAAAACCACAGGAAGAUGUUCCUAAUAGACAUAUAAAAGGCUGCUUAAAGGUAAAAUCAAGUAAAGAAGAAUCAUCAGCACCUUCAGAGGAGAAUAACUUUGAGAAUUCAAAGAUUACAGAUACCUAUAUCCCAACAAUUGUUUGCUCUGAUGAGGACAAGGAAGACUUGGAAACCGGUAAUCAAAAUGUAAAAGAUGUAAACAGGGAACAUGAUGAACAUAAUGAAAAAGAAUUAGAGUUGAUGAUAAAUCAACACUUAAUAAGAAGUACUGCUUCCAGAGAUGAAAAGAAUAUAGUCAAUUUUCCAAAUAAAGCUGAGGGGUUAGAGAAGAAGGAAAUCCAUGAUGAAGUAUUCACUGACUUGUUCAAAAGGCCUUUGUCUUCAAGUUCAUCAGCAGAAAGAUCCUUAAAAGGAGAUUCUUACCCCAAUGAAAAAUAUCCCUCAGGAAAUGAGGGUAGUCAUCAACCUUCAGAGGGAACUACUUCAGAUAUGGGAGAAAUCAAGCCAUCACUGGGAAAUACUAGUAGUGAUGAAUUAGUGCAGUUACAUAUUGGUAGCAAAGAAGUACUGGAUGAUAAUGCUAAUCCAGCCCAAGGGAGAGGCAGAGUGAAAAUAUCUCAUCUUUUUUCAGAUCAAAUAAUGGCAGAAAACUGUAAUAAAAAACUUGAAGAAGAAGCUAAAAAAAUUGAAAUGAAGGAUUGGGAAUGUUUAAGAAGAGAUUUCCGUUCGGAAUUCCAUUCAGAAGAAUCGACAGAAAAAGGAUCUUCCAAGAAAGAUUACGACAGCGGUAAGAAUGAGGAGGAAGAGCAAAGAAUACAUUUAGGUGUUAAUGAAAAACAAAGCAAAAAGUUUCCAUCAAUCUUACAUGACCAAGAAAGGAAGACAGGCCACUCUGAAAUAAGUGUGGAAGGGAUGGGAGCUAGCACUAGAGACCUAACUGCUCUGCCAAGCAAAGACACCACAAUUCAUGGCCAGGCAAUCAGAGCAGAUAUAUUUCAUUCACCAAGGACAAAUCUAAGCUGGGAAGAAGCUGUGUUAACAACCCCAGACUGUGAUCUCUCUACUAGAGAAGGGAUUUCUUUAGGCGGAAUUCUUGGUCAAGCUUGUUCACCAAGAAAUGGAAAUGUUUUGAGGAAGAAGUAUCUUUUCCAGGCUGAAGAAGAACAAUCAGAUUGCAUUAAACCUGAAGAUCAGAAUAAGAACACACAGCAUAAACAAAAUCAGAAUGUUCUGGAAAGUCAGGGGAAAGCAAGAGAGAAUAGAACAAAUAUAACAGAGCAGACCAAAGAACAAGCAGAUUGUGAAGACAUGUGGAAAAAAAGAGAUAAUACAAGGAUUCUGAAAGCUACUCCUACAGAAAAACUGUUUACCUGCCAAGAAACAGCGAGCUAUGAACUGUCUUCUCUUGCUGAUCAUGGUAUUACUGAGAAAGUAGGAGCAGGUACAGCUUAUAUAAUUAAGACAACAUCAGAAAGUACUCUAGAAAGCAUGUCUGCUAGGGAAAAAGCAAUAAUUGCUAAGCUACCUCAAGAGACAGCACGAAGUGACAGGCCCAUCGAGGUAAAGGAAACAGCGUUUGAUCCACAUGAAGGGAGAAAUGAUUCACAUGAUAACCUUUGUCAACGAGAUACAGUAGGUGUAAGCUAUGACAAUGAUUUUGAAAAGGAAUCAUGUUUAGGUAUUUGUAAUGUUCAUAUAGAUGAAACAGAGAAGGAAGAAACCAUAUCUGUAUACAAUUCUGGGAAGACACAUGACAGGAAGAAACGUGAUGUUGGAAAUACAACAUCUGUAGAAGAAUCAUCACAGGUCAUUAUAGACAAUCAAAAAGCAGAUUCAAAACUGGAUUUACAUUUGGAAAUGUUACCAAUAGGCAAAAAAAUACUUACAGAAAAUAAAGAUCCUGGGCAGGUACAAGAAUUAUCAAAGAAAACGAAUAUAGAUGCCGUUAUUCAUUCUGCCUUAAACUCAGGCACUAAUGGAGCUUCUCAGAAUGGCUCUCACAUUUCCAAUCACCACGCUAAAAAUUCAGUGCCAACCCAUGAACGGGAAACUGCUGCAGAGAAUGAAAAUACUACUACAAUUCCUCAAUCAAUUUCUUCUAAAUCAGAAUAUAAUUGUAAUCUAACAAGUGAAAUCCAGGGUAUUGACAAGCACCCGCAUCCUAUGACUACACCUGAAGACGUUUCCAAAAGUUCAGGAAUAGUGACAUUAGGUAGUCGGAAAGAAAGAUGUACAGGCCAGAUUUCCCAACAAGGAGAAUGCAGUGUGGAGACAUCUUUAGGGCCGACUAUUUUAACCAGUGAAGCUUUGGAGAACAAGGAAGAGGCAAGGCAUGAAAAUGAAGGAUUAAUAAACUCUGGACAAUCAUUGUGCUCUUCAGGUGACAAGGAAUCUGAGAGCUCUGCUUCUAGUAGUCUCCCUGCCCAGGAAAGUCAGGCUCAAAGCAGUGAAUCUCUGCUUUCGAAAUACAUCAACUCUAAAAUACCUUAUUUUCUUUUGUUUCUGAUAUUUCUCGUAACUGUCUAUCAGUACGACUUAAUGAUCGGCUGGGCAUUCUAACUUUUUUCACUGCACUGGCUAUCCUGGGAAGGGGGAAGACAAAAAGAGUCUGUCAAAAAGAAGUAACCUCAGCACUAUUAUUAUUCUCUCUUAAAAGAUAAGCUAUUUAGCCUCAAACAUUUGGAUUGGUGAACGAGACUAUUCAUUGUUCAAACAGCCAGUGCAGUUUUUCUCUUGAAGGAUCAUUUAAAAAGGAAUGCGUAUGAAGUUUGCUCCUUCAUAUAAGUAAUUAUUCUAUAUAGGACCAUUAUGUUUGGAUCAUUAAAUACCUAUAUGAAUAUGAGAUCUGAAGCACGUCAAGUUGAAAUUAGGUACAGCUGUUGCUCCUUAGCAGGCUAUGAAGUUUCAAUGCUUCACGUCGCUUCACUAUUUAAAGUGCCAUUUCUUGCAUUCAUUUCUUUUGCAGUAAAGCUUCAUUUUUUUCCCUGAGAGUAUUUUUCCAUCUACGGUUUUUAAAA